AUGCCGUAUAAAGCUCCACUAACAAUAGGUGUGGCACAGCCAAGCUUCGGCACGAAUGGUCUAGACGAGUUCUCCUGUUCCGAUGGGACAUGCAUCAGCGUCAAUUCAGCUUGUGACGGCAAUGCAGAUUGUCCCGGCGGAGAGGAUGAACAGAAAUGUUUAUUUGGAUCGUCCGGUUUGUCGGAUGACCUAGUUUUACAUAGGUCUAGAAGACAGUCUACUGGUUGUCGUAAAGACCAGUGGAGAUGCAGAGACGGUACUUGUAUUUCUUUCGACGGCAUGUGUGACGGUGUGGUGGACUGUCCAGACGGCAGCGAUGAAACCCACGCGCUUUGCAGAAAAACUAAAUGUCAACCGAAUUGGUUCCGGUGUACGUACGGCGCAUGCGUGGACGGUACAGCUCCGUGCAAUAAUAAGGUUGAGUGCGCCGACCAGUCUGAUGAACUAUUACCAAGAUGCAGGAAUGAGACUGAUGAAACGAGAGGUCAAUUCCGCUGUCUCAAUGGCGGGACGAUUCCAUCGUCGAACCACUGUGAUGGCACACCAGACUGUCCCGAUGGGUCGGAUGAGACUGUCCGCGCAUGCGCUGCGAAGACUUGCCCCUCAUAUCUAUUUCAAUGCGCUUACGGCGCUUGUGUAGAUCAAGGAGCUGAUUGUAAUGGGAUAAAAGAGUGCGCUGACGGUUCCGAUGAAUCUGAAGAGCUAUGCAACAGGCAGCUGCCAAGCAACCCUUCAGUCACCACUAGGCCACUUCAGUCGGGUAAAUGUAUACUGCCACCAUACCCAGACCACGGUACUUAUGUGGUGUCCAACGCACCAUACGCCGUCCCAGGUCAAGGUUUUCAAGCUCUGCAGCUCACCGUUACUUGCCGUCCAGGUUAUGGUGUACUAGGAACUGAUAUAGUCUUCUGCCAGGAUGGUACAUGGUCCAAUGACAUCCCAAAAUGUGUCCGUUACUGCAAGUUGGACCCUCACCCAUCAGUGCACUAUCACUGCCUCGUCUCGGGCACUGUCGAAGGUCAGCGUAAAUGCAACACCUACGAGCCAACGGGAACAGUCGUCAGACCAGAAUGCAACAGUCCAAACUAUUACUCCACCGGAAUUCUGCCAUUCAUGAGGUGCAUUGAUGGCAGUUGGGAUUACGUCGCCGUAUGCACCCCAGAAUGUGGGCGAGUGACUCCUGAAGGAGUAGACCUCAUCAUCGAUGGACGGAUAGCCAAGCGUGGCGAACUGCCUUGGCAUGUUGGUAUAUACCGAAAGACAACAAAACCAUACAAGCAGAUUUGCGGAGGAUCUCUGGUCACUAACAGGAUUGUUAUUUCUGCCGCCCAUUGUUUCUGGGAUGACAUCAGUAAACAGCAACCGGCAAGUAUGUAUGCUGUCGCCAUCGGCAAGAUAUACCGUCCGUGGGCUAACGAAAGAGAUACCGAUGCACAAAAAUCUGAUGUCAAAGAAAUCAAGAUCCCGGUCCGAUUCCAAGGCAGUGCGGCUAAUUUCCAAGAUGACAUUGCAAUACUUAUUUUGGAAACUGCCUUUGUGUAUCAGACGUACGUAAGGCCAGUAUGUCUGGAUUUUGACGUCAAUUUUGACAGAAGACAACUGCAGCCAGGCAAACUUGGGAAGGUGGCCGGUUGGGGUUUGACGUCUGAAAAUGGAGAAGCCUCACAGAUCCUGAAGGUUGUGGAGUUACCCUACGUGGAUAUAGAACAGUGCAUCCUAUCAUCACCACCAGGCUUCAGGGAGUACAUCACCAGCGAUAAAAUUUGCGCAGGUUUUGGAAAUGGGACGGCAUUGUGUAAGGGCGACAGUGGAGGUGGUCUGGCCUUCCCAGAGUCAGAUCGAGGAAUCGACCGCUACUACCUAAGAGGAAUCGUGUCAACGGCACCUAAUAAUGAAAACCUAUGCAACAGCCAUACGCUUACUUCAUUCACUCAAAUAGUUAAACAUGAACAUUUUAUAAAAGAGUAUUUGUAAUUAUAAAAUACUAGCUCCACGCGUAUAAAAGUAAUGUAUCCAGGAAUCUUAAAAACAGCAGCGUUGAAAGCGAUAGUAUAAUUUAUACCCUACUAACUUUUGCCCGCGACUUUAUAAGCGUUUCUCAUUAUUCAAGUGUGGGAGAGCCAUGCUUCGGCACGAAUGGAUCGGCUCGACCGGAGUGAUACCACGGCCUCACAGAAAACCGGCGUGAAACAAUCACAGCGUUGUGUGUCGCCGUGUGAGUGAGGUUACCGGAAGUGUACUACUACUCCUCCCCCAAUCCCUCCUCAAUCCUUAAAUCUCCAAAUCCCUAAUCCCUAACAGGUCGGCAACGCACUCGUAACUCCUCCGUUGCGGGUGUCCAUGGGCGGCGCUGAUUGCUUACCAUCAGAUAAUCCGUCUGCUCGUUUGCCGACCUAUUACAUAAAAAAAAGCGUGGAAUAGUGACUUCCUGCAGAUUAUUGGUUAAAAAACUAUCCUAUGUCCUUUCUCGAGUUCCAAACUAUGUCUGUAGCAAAUUUCACACAAAUAGGUUCAGUAGUUUAAGGCGUGAAGAAAAGACAGACAGACAGAGUUACUUUCGCAUUUAUAAUAUUAGUUUGGAUUUGAUUUAUUAGUAUCGGGUGUUCCAAUUUGAUUACUUGGAUUGCGCGAUCCAAGAUGGCGGUCGUGGCUGCUACAAAUCUAUGAGUAUAGUUUAGCAGCCAUCACCAUCUUCUUCUUCAUCUUUACAUUGUAACUUAAUUAAGCAUUAAUUUUCUUUUAAAAUCACUUAUAAAAAAUAGUGUUAGAAUUUGACACAAUGAACUGAUAAUAGUUGAUCGUGUGAUCCAAUUUGGUGCUAGAUUAUUGAUAGCGUAACACAAUGAUAUUAUAAGUAAAAAGGUGUAGAUAGGUUACAAGCGCUCAGCAAGUGAUACAUUAAAAUGUGGUUAACUAGCCACACUUUUUCAUAUUUGUCUCUUUUUCACUCGCGAAUAUUGAAUCAUGCCAUCCCACUCUAACGUUUAUCAUACGUUUUAUUUUUGUUGCAUUAGUGUGCCGUAUUUGAAAAUCGAAUUUUGUUUAUGUAACUAAUCUACGCCAUUUUACUUAUAAUGUCACUGGCGUAACAAGCUCAAUAAUAUUUUUGUAAAUUAUUUAAGAAAAAUAUGUAUUUUUUUAUUGAUAUACUCAUGAUUGUGUUGUAUAUGUAAGUAAUAAGUCAAAUUAAGAGUUUCACUGUUGUAGUCACUAGAUGGCGUUAGUAGAAUUAAGUCUAUAUCUCCAAUUGGGUAGUUUCCUAGGUCAAAAAUAAAUUAAUUCGACGUCUCAAUACAAUAAAAUAUUGAAAAAUAACUAUAUUUUUAUUCAUCGAUCGAUCGAUACACUGAAUUUUAGAUAUUUUGAUAAACUUUUUGACGCAAAAAUACUAUGACAUCAUAACUCAGUUUUUCAUACAAAUUUAAUAGAAAAGUAUCGUUUUUGACAUUUGGAUAAAAGUAUUGAAUUUGACUAGUUGGAAAUCACCGUAUUGCUGUAGCUUUUAAAAAAGUACUUGGACAUUCUCUACUGGACAACAGACUGUUAUUCCCACUAGCGCCUCUAGCGGCCAAUUUAUACAUAACUAAUGAGCGCAAGGCUCCUCAUGCAUGAACUUUUUCCGAGUUAUAAUUAUGUACCUUCUAU